AUGUCAUCUCAGAAGCAGUGGACCGUCCUGAACAAGGAGAAUGAUUUCAAUGGCCUCGUCCUCGGUGAUGCGCCGGUGCCGAAGUGCGGUGAGAACGAUGUCCUCGUGAAGCUUAAUGCGGCCUCUUUGAAUUACCGCGACCUGAUCAUUCCCAAGGGAAUGUACCCUUUCCCUCUGGACCUUCCGGUGGUCCCGGGCUCUGACGGAGCCGGUGAGGUUCUUGAGGUUGGAAGCAAGGUCUCCUUGUUCAAGAAGGGAGACAAAGUGACUACUUUGUUCAACCAGCAGCACCAAUAUGGACCUAUGAACUCCAUUGCCGCCCACUCUGGUCUUGGUGGUGUCAUCGAUGGCACUCUGCGUCAAUAUGGUGUCUUCAAUGAAAAUGGCCUGGUUCAGAGCCCGAAGAACCUCAACGAUCUGGAAUCAAGCUCUCUUACCUGUGCUGCUCUCACCAGCUGGAAUGCCUUGUAUGGCCUGAAGCCCUUGCUUCCCGGACAGAGCGUCCUGGUCCAAGGAACCGGAGGUGUCAGCAUGUUCGCCUUGCAGUUUGCCAAAGCGGCCGGCGCGACUGUGAUUGCCACGACUUCGUCCCCCGAGAAGGCCGAGAAGCUGAAGAAGCUUGGCGCCGACCACGUCAUCAACUACAAGACCCAGACCAACUGGGGCGAGAUUGCCCGUGGUCUGACGCCUAACAAGGAGGGUGUUGACCAUGUCAUCGAAGUCGGAGGCGCCGGGACGCUCAAGGAAAGUCUCAAGUGCAUCAAAUACGAGGGUAUCAUCAGCGUCAUCGGCUUCCUUGGCGGUGGCAACCCGGCGGACCAGCCUGUGGUUCUCGAGGUUUUGAGCAACAUCUGCACCGUGCGCGGUGUCUACGUUGGAAGCAAGGCCUUGAUGCAAGAUAUGAUCAAGGCUAUUGAAGUCAACAACAUCCACCCUGUGAUCGAUGACAAGGUCUUCACCCUUGACCAGGCCAAGGAGGCGUACAACUACAUGUGGGCCCAAAAGCAUUUUGGCAAGCUGACCAUCAAGAUCGAUUAA